AUGGAUGAAGCAACUAGUGCCACAAGAGCAUUGAACGGAUUUCAUCGACAAGAUCCUCCUAAAUUCAAAGGGGAGCAUGACCCCGACAAGGCCGAUCUUUGGCUGCAAGAAAUCGAUAAGAUCUCUGAGAUCCUACACUGCUCUGACAAUGCGAAAUUGGAGUAUGCGACCUAUUUAAUGAUUGGUGAAGCUGAAUAUUGGUGGCGAGGUGCGAAGAAAUUGAUGGAGACAAAUCAUGUAGAGCUGACCUGGGAGGCUUUCAGGAAUAAGUUCCUAUACAAAUACUUCCCGAAAAGUGCUAAGGCUAAGAAGGAGGCCCAAUUUCUGAAGUUGUAUUCAGGGAAUCUCACCAUAGCGGAAUAUGCGGCAAAGUUAGAGUCCCUAGCAAAGCAUUUUCGAUAUUUCCUAAAUCAGAUAGAUGAAGAAUACAUGUGUGAGUGGUUCGAAAUCGGGAUUAGGUAUGAGAUUAAGGAGUUAGUGGGGCCCUUGGAGAUACGCCAAUAUCAAACACAGGGGCAUAACGACCAACAAAACAGGGAAGACAAUAUCAACAAAACAAGCCGUAUGUGCGACCACUGGGGAAUGCUAGAGAUCAACCUAUACCUCAAAAUGGGGAAUGUCAAGCGCCAAAAACUCCAAGUCAGAACCAGGUGUACCCUCUUAGGUGUUUUCGCUGCAACAACGAAGGACACAAGAUAUUUGAGUGUACAAUCAAACACAGGGUUUGUUACAUCUGUCAGAAACCAUACCAUUUUUCAAAUGAAUGCCCUGAACGAAAGGACGAUAGAGCUAUCAACUGAUACAAUAGCAACGAUAGUGUUGCACGCCAUACUACCAAGGCUCGUGUCUACCAUAUCAAUGGAGAGGAAGCCCCAUCUUCCUCUGAACUUAUCCAAGUUGGAGGAGGUGAAGUUCUUGGGACAUGUCAUUUCAAGGAAAGGUAUCGUUGUCGACCCAAUUAAAGUACAAGCCGUGGUGGCAUGGAAACAACCACAGACCGUCACAUAG